CGACUCACUACGCGGUUGGAUUACGCUGUGUUUACUCGGCUCCGCGCUUGACGUAACUAAUUAAUUUCUGGUGUUAGUCCCGUCGAGAUUUCUAGAAACGUUUAAAAUCUUAUUUUAUUCGGUUUACCUUGUUAGGAAGUACUACUAUUCUUAUGUUUCUUUUUGUACGAUACUCGCGAAUUCAUUUUAAUAACGCUAGCGUUAAGUUUGUCUUCUGUGUAUUUAGUUAUCUGAACUCCAAAACACUAAUGCAGCUAUGACAAAGCACGUAGUUUUAUAGAAAUUUGUGCACUGUUUUGCAGUUUUUCUAUCACCAGGGAUAAUUUCCGAUAUUAAAUAGGGUUAACCGGAGUAUGAGUGUCGGAUGUCGUCAAGCGCGACAGUGACGGGCGCGCCGCCGCCGCCCGGCCGCAUGGCGGAGCCGCGCCCCGGCAAGCACACCGUCCACUGGUUCCGCAAGGGGCUCCGACUGCACGAUAACCCGGCGCUGCGCGAGGGCCUCAACGGCGCCGUCACGCUGCGAUGCGUCUUUAUCAUAGACCCCUGGUUCGCCAGCUCGUUCAAUGUUGGAAUCAAUAAAUGGAGGUUCCUUUUACAAUGCCUGGACGACUUGGACAGCAGCCUGAAGAAGCUGAACUCGCGGCUGUUCGUGGUCCGCGGUCAGCCGGCGGACGCGCUGCCCAAGCUGUUCCGCGAGUGGGGCACCACCGUGCUCACCUUCGAGGAGGACCCGGAGCCCUACGGCCGUGUGCGCGACCACAACAUCAUGUCCAAGUGCCGCGAGGUCGGCAUCACCGUCAUGUCGCGGGUCUCGCACACCUUAUUCAAAUUGGACAAGAUUAUCGAAAGGAAUGGUGGUAAGGCGCCGUUGACGUACCACCAGUUCCAAGCGCUGAUAGCCAGCAUGCCGCCGCCGCCCGCCGCCGAGCCGACCAUAACGCCGCAGCUCUUCAAAGGGACCGUCACGCCCAUCUCGGACGACCAUGACGAGCGCUUCGGCGUGCCCACACUCGAGGAACUAGGUUUUGAAACAGAGGGGCUAAAACCGCCGGUGUGGGUAGGCGGAGAGAGCGAGGCUUUAACAAGACUAGAAAGGCAUUUAGAACGGAAAGCGUGGGUCGCUUCAUUCGGGAGACCAAAGAUGACGCCACAGUCCCUGCUAGCAAGCCAGACCGGCUUGUCACCGUAUUUAAGAUUUGGAUGUUUAUCGACAAGGCUAUUUUAUUAUCAACUGACAGAAUUAUAUAAAAGAAUCAAACAAGUGCGGCCGCCACUGUCCCUUCACGGGCAGAUUCUGUGGAGAGAAUUCUUUUAUUGUGCAGCGACUCGAAACCCCAAUUUUGACCGAAUGGAAGGAAACCCCAUAUGUGUACAAAUACCCUGGGAGAAAAACCAAGAUGCCCUAGCGAAGUGGGCAAAUGGACAAACUGGAUACCCUUGGAUCGACGCUAUCAUGAUACAGUUGCGCGACGAGGGCUGGAUACACCACCUGGCGCGGCACGCCGUCGCCUGCUUCCUCACGAGAGGGGACCUCUGGAUCUCAUGGGAGGAGGGCAUGAAGGUGUUCGACGAGCUGCUGCUGGACGCGGACUGGUCGGUGAACGCCGGCAUGUGGAUGUGGCUGUCGUGCUCCUCCUUCUUCCAGCAGUUCUUCCACUGCUACUGCCCCGUGCGCUUCGGGCGCAAGUCCGACCCCAACGGAGACUUUAUCAGAAAAUACAUUCCAGUAUUAAAGAAGAUCCCGACGCAGUACAUCCACGAGCCGUGGCUCGCGCCCGAGGCCGUGCAGAUCGCCGCCAACUGCAUUGUGGGCCGCGACUAUCCGCUACCCAUGGUGGACCACAGCAAAGCCUCCAAGAUUAAUAUCGAGCGCAUUAAGCAGGUGUACGCCCAGCUUGCUAAAUACUCACCACAUGGUAAUAUCCUGAAUCCAAACAGUGUCCAGAGACCUAACGCGGUACUGUCGUCGCCAAGCCCUUCUUCUAUAAUCGCAAGCAUCAACCAGUCGAACUACCUGUGCAGCAAGUCUCCUGACCCGCAAAACUCGCAAACUCAACAAGAAAAAACGUACAAGGAAAUUCCGAACUAUAAUGACACGAAUAGGGCUCUGCGGCCCCAAAAGGUUGACUCGCCUAAAAAGCCGACCUUCAAAGAAAUCGUUAUUGUGCCUAUAGUACAAAACACUAAUGUGAACCACGAGAAUGUAGCAGACGGCAGAACUCAAUGAGCUGUCACAGCGCAAACGUGCGAUGUUGCCCAAAAAUCAAAAAUGUUACGUGCCGAAUACAAAUUGAAAUGCCAACAGAGUCAGGUGUAUACUUGAUAGAAGAGCAAAUUGUUGCUGUAAUCGGCAAUUAGUAACAUGAUGAGGAUAGACUGGCAGUCCGAAUUCUGUCAGUCGCUCAGAUGUAUACCAUAUUGAUUUUUAAAAAAAGGCCCAUUUACAUGGUGCGAGUUUCUCGCACGUUUUGGGGCGAGAAAUCGUAUGACAUUAUCGUAUGCAAUAAUCGUCAGGCGAUUAUCGAAUAAAAAUGUUUUAACUCAUGCGAGAAAUAAAAACUCGCCUACGAUUAUGUCAUGCGAUACUCGAAUGGCGAUUAUCGCCAGGCGAAAUAGUUUACACGGGGAGCUGCGUUCUAGGGAGAUAUUUGCAUACUAUUUCUCGACUCGUCUAAACUGGUUCUCGUAUGACAUUUUUUCACGUACGUGCGAGUAUCGCACGAAUCGGUGCGGACCGAUUUUCGUACGAGUUUUACCUGUCAACUUACGUGAUUAGUUACUAAUCUUUUCAGUAUAUUGUCAAUAUUCUUAGUAAAUAUUUCUUGUUUUCCUCAUUAUUUUUAAUUUUAAUAUAUUUUAAGUAGCAUUUACGAGUAGUUUAAUAUUGGCUCUUGGCUGAAGUAACGUGACGUUGCUUUUACGAAAAAAUAAGUUGCCGGGAACGACAACAUAUAAGUAUACCUACAAGGUGUUUCUGUGAUACCUGAUAUAUCUGACUAUACUCUGAGGGGUGAAUACAUAGUUAUGUAGGUCAUACAAAAGAACUUUUACCUACUCCAUAGUAGGUAGGUAGUUUGUCAUAAAUUUCGAAGAGUUAUAAUACGUCAAUGUUUUCUAUGGAACAAGCAGAUUUGUUUUUCGCGAUUUCGAGCUCCACACUCCACAGUAAAAGCUGUUCAGUAUGACCUACAUAAUUCACCCCUCAGAGUACCUAUGGUCAAACAUCACAAAAUACACUGUAUGAAAAGAAAAAUAUUGUGCGUUUUGGCUAUUAAUAAAACAUUUUAAAUGUCCCAAAAAACGCAUAAAAUUGGGACCAACAAAUAUGAACUCGAAAAUCUCGAAAUGCGAUUCUCGCAUUAAAAUUUUGUUUACACGGAGACAUCCAAUCAGCAAAGGCGAGGCGAUUAUCGCUCCUUCUAGUACGAUAUCGUAUGUUUAGUUUACAUGAUACUAUAUUUUUUCUCGUGCUACGAUAAUCGUGCGUUCGAGGCGAGAAAAUCGCACCAUGUAAAUGGGCCUAACGCCGUCUCACCUGCGAAACUUUAUAUUAUAUACAAUUUUGUAUGUGUCUCAUAUUUCACUUAUUUUUAUGUAAUUGGCGUUAGGAAAGUAAGAAAUUAUCUACAAAUAAAUGUUAAAAUGUA